AUGACAUUAAAAUCUAGGUCCCUGGUGCUCAAGAGAGGGAAAGUGACUGACAAGUUCCGCUUCUCUCUGGACGGCACCCAGAUUCCAUCAGUCACCGAGAAACCCAUCAAGAGCCUCGGAAAGACCUUUGAUUGCACCCUGAAGGACGCUGCAUCCAUCAAGGCCACAAAUCGGGAGCUGGAGGCGUGGCUGACAGCAGUGGACAAGUCGGGUCUGCCUGGUAAAUUCAAGGCCUGGAUUUACCAGCAUGGUGUUCUCCCCAGGAUUCUGUGGCCCCUGCUUGUGUACGAGUUCCCAAUAACAACAGUACAGGGCUUCGAGAGGAGGAUCAGCCGUUACUUCCGUAGAUGGCUGGGCCUGCCACGAAGCCUGAGUAGCAUCGCUCUAUACGGGCACAACAACAAACUGAAGCUCCCCUUUAGCAGCCUGAAUGAGGAGUUCAUGGUAACCCGUGCAAGAGAGGUGCUGCAGUACAGGGAAUCCAGUGAUCCAAAGGUCUCCCAGGCUGGCAUCGAAGUCAGGACUGGAAGGAAGUGGAGGGCGCAGGAAGCAGUCGAGCAGGCGGAGUCACGCUUGCGUCACAGCGUGCUGGUCGGCCCAGUGGCAUCUGGACGAGCAGGGCUUGGUAGCGUUGCAACCACACGCUACGACAAAGCCCUGGGCAAAGACAGACGCCGAUGGGUCCAAGAGGAAGUGAGAACUGGCGUGGAGGAACUGCGUGCUAGCCAGAUGGUGGGGAUGCGACAGCAAGGCGCAUGGACGAGAUGGGAACAGGCAGUGGACCGCAAGAUCUCCUGGUCUGAGCUUUGGCAAGCUGAGCCUUACCGGAUCAAGUUCCUGAUUGCGUCCGUCUAUGACGUCUUGCCCAGCCCAUCCAACCUCUUCUGCUGGGGCAAGGUUGACGCACCAUCAUGUCCUUUGUGCCUCAGAAGGGGAACGCUAGAGCACAUCCUCAGCUGUUGCUCCAAAGCCCUGGGAGAAGGACACUACACUUGGCGCCACGACCAGGUGCUGAAGGCGAUAGCAGAAACCAUCUUCACCAGCAUCACCCAGAACAAGCCUCUCCGACCAGCAAGGCAGGCGAUUGCUUUCAUUCGAGCAGGGGAGAAGCCUAAGCCCAAGCCAAGGGGGGCAGUGGGACUCCUUGGAACCGCACCGGACUGGCAGAUGAAGGCCGACCUGGGGAAGCAGCUCAGAUUCCCAGAGCAAAUCGUGGAAACCACCCUGAGACCAGACAUAGUUCUGUUCUCAGAUUCAACCAAACAGGUGGUCCUACUGGAGCUGACAGUUCCCUGGGAGGAGCGCAUGGAAGAGGCCAAUGAGAGGAAGCGUGCCAAGUAUGCCAACUUAGUGGAGGAGUGCCGCAGAAGGGGGUGGCGUGCCCGGUGUGUGCCAAUAGAGGUGGGCUGUAGAGGCUUUGCAGCGCGAUCUCUCUGCAAAGCAUACAGCAUGCUUGGAGUCACAGGUGCAUGUCAGAGAAAGGCCAUCAAGACCACCACAGAGGCAGCUGAGAAGGCCUCUAGAUGGCUGUGGAUCAAGAGGGGCGAUCCGUGGGUACAUGCUACUUAGACACAAGUUGGGACUUGAUCAAUCCCGGCUGGGUCGCCUGGUUGAGGGUGUAUGAUGU